CUAGAGUUGUGUCGUCGAAGCACCUUCUGCUCAUGAAAUUCAGGCAUUCCUAACAUUGCGAGCGUCAACAUGUGUCAUGGCUCUAUCAGACACCCGGAACUACGUGCUGGCAGUAGAAAACAGCAAACAGGAAGCUGCUGAAAUCGCAAAGUCCGCUGCUCAAAAACUUGAAAGUCGCCAAACCUCUUUGAUUGAAGUAGUCCAGUCCUUGGGCGAAUACAUCAACGAUGAAGACGAGAAAAUCCGUGCUCGAGCCGUGUCCUAUCUAGUUGCCAUCAUCUCCUUCCUGCCUCCGAAAUUCCUCUCGCGGCAACAGGUCCAGGUCUUGUGUCAGUUCCUGUGCGAUCGUAUCGAAGAUGGAGGGGCCGUCGACGGACUGUCGAAACUACAGAGCCUCGAUAGAUUCACGAACGAAAUGGCACAAACAGUUGUGAGAGCGUGAGUGCGGUUCAGCACGCGACAGCUGUCCAGGGACUUGUACCUUCAAGGUGGUCUGGCAGCAAGUCAUGUUGUCGGUCCCGACUGACAAAGAGCAGGAUGUUUGAACAUUUCACGGAUCUGCAGGCGCGGAAUCAGGCCGGGAGAUAUAAGAUCCUACAGCUGCUCAACGAGCUUUUAGAGCAUCACCGUAAAGCCGUGAGAGACAUGGGGGACGAAUCUCUGGUGGGCAUUGUCGACUUGGUCGCGGGCGAAAAGGAUCCUCGCAACCUCAUGCUGAUUUUCUCGAUGCUUAGAGUCCUCAUGGUGGAAUGGGACAUUACGAAGCAUAUUGAAGUUAUGUUUGACGCGGUCUACGCCUAUUUUCCAAUCACAUUCCGACCCCCUCCCAAUGAUCCUUAUGGGAUCACGGCCCAGGAUUUAAAAGACAGGCUUCGAGAUUGCCUGGCGUCUACAGGGGCGUUGGCUCCGUAUACAUUUCCAAACAUGCUGGAUCGUCUGGACUCUACGUCGAGUACGGUCAAGAAGGACGUAUUACAGACUCUCGCGAGCUGUUCGGUGAAUUACGACCCUUCCAUAAUCAGCCAGUACUCAAUCACGCUUUGGGAUGCCGUCAAAUUCGAGGUCUUACAAGCGCAAGAGCCCGAACUUGCUGCAGAAGCUUUGAAUGUGUUGAAAGGAAUCGCUGCAUGCUUAUCGACGGACACGCAAGAUGCGGCGAGCUCACCACUACAGCAAUACCUGAAGCCUGUCAACAAAGAGUGCUUGGAACACCUCCAGGAGCCAGCGUCGCGACAAGCGAAAGCUUCCGGGGACAUUCUUAAGUCUGUGGCAUCCGCUUCGGUACAGUCAUUCGAGACUGUCAUAAAUGUGGUCGGACCUUCACUUCUCACCAUCUACCAGUCGGCGGAAGGGUUGGUGCAGCAGAGGGCCGUGUUGGAAGUGGCGAAUCAGUUGUUUGAGGCCUCAAUAGAAGUCUACGGAUCCUGGACAACACCGAGUCAAAGAAAUCCUAAUGGCCGAGCAAAUUUGAUUGGUGAAUUCAAGGAUAAGUUUGUUGCACUCUACAGCCAGGCAUUGAUGGGAACUGUGAAAGAAGAAGUUUCCUUCAGAUUAACAGCCGCGAACGGCUUGCUUUUGGUAUCGAAAAUGAAUUCGGUGCUUGGCGACGAUGAGAUUGGCUUGUUCGUCCAGUAUUUUGACGAUAUUGUUCUGACAGAAGAAUCUUACGGCCGCGACGAACUGAAAAAGAAGGCAAUGAGUGCAUUGGCUGAGAUAUCGCGAUUCAAACCUGGACUCAUCUCAGAUAUUGCGUUUCCUGCUUUCAUGGCGCGCUUGCCCGACUCAGAAGAAGGUGCCCAAUCCAACGACUUUCGCUCUGUGCUCGAAGGUGUCGCCGAGAUCAGUGUUGAAAAAGAGUUACUGAAGACGCUGAUGCGACGACUUCUCAACAAACUGGAUACUCUUUUCGGCUCCAGUGACGGCACUUCCUUCCCGUAUACCUGCUCUAUCCUGGGAACCAUUUUGUACGUUCUGAAUCGAGCGGCGUUAGCGCCACAGGCAGAUCUAAGUGAUUACUACGAAAGAGUUGUGGUUGGUCUGUCGAGGAGAGCGUCCCAGUCUAUGGCAGGCCCUCUCACAGACGAGAAUGUACUAGAUCUCCUUGGUCGAAUCAUCAACCUGAUUGUUCGACACAGCAUGCCUGAGCAAGUUCAGCAAGCUGCGGCGAACGUCUAUCUUCUUUACAGAGAAAACCCUUCUGGCGACGGGUUGGUGGGGCUCUCCGACCUUUUGCAACCACCCACAAUAGCCCUUUUAUCGACCUGGCUGUUGGCAGCUCUACCAAAAACCAUACAAUCUCCGCUGCUCACGAGCGAUUCUAUACCGCACACCAUCCAAGACCUUAUCUCAUUCGCAUCCAAGUCGUCAAGUCACGCGAUCACGCAAUGCUGCCUUGUGCAAGUGGCUUUGUACGUGAACAAGCACGUUGGUUCUCCUAAUAUACCCUUCGUCGAACAAAUACUUUGGGAUCGCCUAUCAGCCCUGAAGGACACACCCAUGGACGAGGCCGAAACUCCUGAUUUCAACAUCCGAUUAAUCUUCUUUUUAACGAAAGCUCUGGCACUCCGCCUUGCCCCGCAAACCAAUCAGUACCUCACAAAUCUUGUCGCUUUGAUUGAUGAACGACAGUAUCCGCAGGCCGUUUCGAGAAUAGCAGCGAUGGGCUUUGCCACGAUAUUAUCCUCAGAUGAUGUGCUAUCCAAGCAGAACGGAGCACAAAUCCGACUUCUUGCGCCACAGCGCGUAUUUCAGAUCUUGACACCCCUUAUCUCGGAGACGUUUAGAGGUUCACAAUCACCGACAGAGAAAGAGAAUUACCUUGUGGCUCUCAGCGGCAUUCUGGCCAAUGUGCCAUCCGCGAUCGUGAUGCCUGAACUACCAACAUUGUUGCCGCUGCUUCUGCAAUCACUGGACAUUGUGGAUCAACUUGUCAAGGUAGCCACUUUGGAGACACUUGCUGUUGUCAUAUCAAAUAAUCCAUCGGCAUUGGAAGAGAGCGGCCAUAUCCCAGCUCUUGUCAAGCGAUUGAUUGGCGUUGCAUCGAUGCACCAUUCUGGUCCUGCCAAACCAGCAGCGAAGGCAGUGCCGGUUAAUCUGCCUAAGACACGCCGACUUGCUACCCGGUGUCUGACACUGAUGCCGAAGUACAUCACUGGUGGUGCUUCCCGAGCAAACCCACUGAUAGGACUUAAGCGGGAAGUACUGCAUGGAUUGACAAAUGUCUUGGAUGAUGUGAAACGUGAUGUCCGUAAAGAAGCAGUUGACGCACGAGCAGCAUGGUUACGGGAAGUGGACGAUAUCAACGAGGAUGAGGAGUAAACCUCAAAAUGGUAUUCAGGAUUCGAAGGAUUAACCCUGGUGGGUUGCGAUGUCGCAAGGAGAGGUGUAGCUAAUUGGAUUUGGAUGUUAUUGACACUAUCCAUCUUUGCGCAAGCAUGGGAGCGCCGACAUGCGGAUCGAAUGAUAAGCGGUUGAUCUAGUCUAAACGUGGCCGGUAGAUGGACAUUAGAUAGAGCGCAU